UGGAGGCUAGGGGAGGGCUUCAGAAUUGCUAUGCGGGUUGCGGGGCCUGGGGGCCGGGCGGCUGUUUCCUGUCCUGGUGCAUGGUGGUCGGACGAAGGAAUUGUUGGAAAAUUUUCUCGGAGGUAGAAAAUGUUGUUAGCCCAAAUAAAUCGGGAUUCUCAGGGAAUGACAGAAUUUCCUGGAGGAGGAAUGGAGGCUCAGCAUGUUACUCUGUGCCUGACAGAGGCAGUAACCGUGGCAGAUGGUGACAAUUUAGAAAAUAUGGAAGGUGUAAGUUUGCAAGCUGUAACUCUUGCAGAUGGUUCUACUGCUUACAUACAGCAUAAUUCUAAAGAUGGGAGACUCAUUGAUGGCCAGGUCAUUCAGUUGGAAGAUGGUUCUGCUGCCUAUGUUCAACAUGUCCCCAUACCUAAAAGUACAGGGGACAGUUUGCGGCUGGAGGAUGGGCAAGCAGUGCAGCUAGAAGAUGGAACUACUGCAUUCAUUCACCAUACUUCUAAAGAUAGUUAUGACCAGAGCUCACUUCAGGCAGUACAAUUGGAAGAUGGCACAACAGCUUACAUCCACCAUGCAGUGCAAGUCCCUCAGUCUGAUACCAUCUUGGCAAUUCAGGCUGAUGGGACAGUGGCAGGGCUGCACACUGGGGAUGCCACAAUUGAUCCAGAUACCAUUAGUGCUUUGGAGCAGUAUGCAGCAAAGGUGUCCAUUGAUGGGAGUGAAAGUGUAACAAGUACAGGAUUGAUUGGAGAAAAUGAGCAAGAGAAAAAGAUGCAGAUUGUCUUACAAGGACAUGCUACAAGAGUAACUCCUAAGUCUCAGCAGAGUGGAGAGAAGGCAUUUCGGUGUAAAUAUGAUGGAUGUGGAAAACUCUAUACAACAGCUCAUCAUCUUAAGGUCCAUGAACGCUCGCACACAGGAGACCGGCCUUAUCAAUGUGAGCAUUCAGGCUGUGGGAAAGCAUUUGCGACAGGUUAUGGAUUAAAAAGUCAUUUCAGAACUCAUACUGGAGAAAAGCCAUAUCGGUGUUCAGAAGAUAAUUGUACAAAAUCUUUCAAAACUUCAGGAGAUCUACAGAAGCACAUCAGAACCCAUACAGGAGAAAGGCCCUUUAAGUGUCCUAUUGAAGGCUGUGGUCGGUCCUUUACAACAUCAAAUAUCAGAAAAGUGCACAUUAGGACACACACAGGAGAAAGACCUUACUACUGCACAGAACCAGGGUGUGGGAGGGCAUUUGCCAGCGCAACGAAUUACAAAAACCAUGUGAGGAUACACACAGGAGAAAAGCCAUAUGUCUGUACAGUUCCUGGUUGUGACAAAAGGUUUACAGAAUAUUCCAGUUUAUAUAAACACCAUGUCGUUCAUACUCACUCUAAACCGUACAACUGUAAUCACUGUGGGAAGACAUACAAACAGAUCUCCACACUGGCUAUGCACAAGCGGACAGCUCACAAUGACACAGAGCCUAUUGAGGAGGAGCAGGAAGCCUUCUUCGAGCCUCCCCCAGGUCAAGGUGAUGAUGUUCUUAAAGGGUCCCAGAUCACAUAUGUUACAGGUGUAGAAGGAGAGGACAUUGUAUCUACACAAGUAGCUACAGUAACCCAGUCUGGGCUGAGUCAACAAGUUACACUUAUAUCCCAGGAUGGGACUCAACAUGUCAACAUAUCUCAAGCUGACAUGCAGGCCAUUGGCAAUACCAUCACCAUGGUAACACAGGAUGGCACACCCAUCACGGUCCCCACUCACGAUGCAGUCAUCUCCUCAGCAGGAACACACUCUGUUGCUAUGGUCACCGCUGAGGGCACAGAAGGACAGCAGGUUGCAAUUGUGGCUCAAGACCUGGCAGCAUUCCACACAGCCUCUUCAGAAAUGGGACACCAACAACAUAGCCAUCAUUUAGUAACUACAGAAACCAGACCUCUGACCUUGGUGGCAACAUCCAAUGGUACCCAGAUUGCAGUUCAGCUUGGAGAGCAGCCAUCUCUGGAAGAAGCUAUCAGGAUAGCAUCUAGGAUCCAACAAGGAGAAACGCCAGGGUUGGAUGAUUAAUACUCAGAGCCACAGAGCAAUAAAGCAGGAGGCAGGAGCCUUUCAUUUUCUGGCUACAGAAAUCCUUGAGGCCCCGCCCUGCAGAGCGGAAGUUCCAUUCCUGAAGCACUGUACACGUUUUUAUGCAAGAGUGGAGAACACUUUCUUCUUGACACUUUUGUGUACAUAGCCCCUGGAAUAAAUUCCUAAAGUGAUUCAUUGUGUACAAGGAAGUAUGAAAUUAGGGCACUACAGCAACUCUUCAUGUUACUCUAUCACACAGCCGACUUCUGGAAUCCACCCACAGGACCAUCCAGGUCUAUAGAGAGUCAAGAUGAGAUUUUAACUUACUGUGAAAAAAAAAAACAAAAUAAAGGCUGUCUCUAACAUGCCGACGGCUCUCCAUGUCAAACAGUCAUAACUUCAAAGCCAUCUCAGAAAAUAAAGGAUGCAAGCCUUCAGGUGUCCCUCAA